UUCUGUGUCUACUCGUCGAAUAUUCUGGUACAAAAUUUUCACGUCUUUCUCGAACUCCGCUUCUCGCUUGGGCCUUGGAAUCUCCAAUAAUGAACGCCAUGCCAGUCUCUCCAGCUGAUUUCGUAGAAGAUCACGUCAAUGGAAGCGAUUCCGACACCAACUUCGAUGUCGACGAUGCCGCUCCGGAGUACUACCAGCCAAUCUCCGCCGCCGACGACGACGAAGAUUCCGGUCCGAUCAGCGACUCGGCCGAUGAAGAUCGCCACGCAAACGGAGAGGCUGAAUUUCAGUCCCGGCCGCUUUCGAACGGCAACUAUAAUGCGAGUCAAGCGGAAAACGGAAUGACGUCCCUCUGCUUAAACGACGACAUCGAGCGGAACAAGAGCUGCAGCGAAGACGAAGAGGAAGAAGAAGAGGAAGAGGAGAGGAUGAGAGAGACCGCUGAUUCGGCGAUAACAAGGGCUUUUAGAGAAGACGAGAAUCGGAGGAACGCGCCGUUGACGGCGGAGAACGCGACGAGGGUUAUGGAGGCCAUGCGUGGGAUCUCCUUCGGUGGCGUGGCUCCAGAUUGGGCUGAUCGAAUUCCCGAGAAUCACUGGAUCGACCAGCUUCGCAGACCCAGACAGCCACCACAAGCUUAGAUUGUCAAAGAUUGCACUUUCAGGUGCUGAAUUUUUCCUCUAUUUAUUAGUGUAUGUGAAUUCAGACGUGGAUUUAGUAAAGUUCAAAAUUGUAUUUGAUUCUUGCCUGUUUGUCAAAUUUCCUUUGAUACAUUCUUGUUGAAGCCUAAAUACAUUCUUGUUGAAGCCUAAAAGUAUUUAAUUUUUCGCAUGCCUGUACAAAAAUCCAUGAAAGAGAGUA